AUGAAGAACCCCAAGGGCCCAAAGUUGGGUAAGAGAGCACAAGCUCUCUUGAAGAAGCAGGAAGAAAACUCGUUCUCUAAAGAACCUUCUACCGCAGAGGAGUUUCUUGAGCAAGGCUCAAUUGACGAAGAAUCGGGCGAUAGGUGGCUAGGAUCGGACCUCUCCAAGAGCUUGAGAUUCUACCAAAGGGCCUAUACCAGCUACCUCGAGUCCAUCCGACUCCAAACGCCUGCAGAACCAAAUUUGGACAGCUACUACAACUCAUCCAGAUUGCUCUACCAGGUGUACUACCAGUACUUCAAGACUGACGGAGUCAAUGUUUAUGAGCUUACGAACGUGGAAGAUGCUUUGGGUGGUGGGCAGAGCUCGGUGGUCCAGCCGUUGUCUAACAUUGUGGAAGCACACGAGGUCUCGAUGAGAGUUGCUGCCACCAUGAACAUUCCUGUUCCCAUGGACCUUUUGUUCAAUACUGCUGUGGUUUACACCGAAGUUCUCGAAGCAGAGCAGGAGAACGACACCUCUGAUUAUAAUCAGUUGCUAGAAUUGACCUUCAAUGCACAACAGAUACUUGGUACUCUUCUCGAUAGACAAGUGUCAGAAUUCCACAAGUUCUUACAGGAAUUAGAGGAGACUAGCAGUGCGUCCUUUGAAUCGGAACCAGUGUCUUCUAAUCAACAGGUAUCUCAAGAACAGUCAAAACAAGAGGAAUAUACUAGUGUGGAAGUGGUCCAGCCCACAGACAUUUUUGAAACAAUCAUUGCAUCGUAUAAGCUAUGCCAGUCCAUGCUUGAGAACAUCAACCACAGUGACCAACAGAAGUUAUCGGCAACAGACUUGAUCAACCCCUUCUUAAGCAAGUGCGAUGAAAUCACCCUGAACUUGAUUGACAAGUACAGUGAAGCCAACAGCCAAAGAAACGAGAUGAUUUCCAACAUUUCCUUGAGCCAGAUUGACGAGUUGAAGGUUGCAAAAACUGCUAUCAUCGGCUUGACCAUGAAUGACUUGGACCAGAUAUUACAACUCUGGGAUGACUCUGGCCUACCAGAUACCUCAGAAAGAUACAUGGUUGCAGCAGACAACAUUCAGAGCUUGUUGGAUCGGUUCGACAUAACUCUCGCUGUUGUGAACUCCUCAGGCGAUGCACAAGCGGCAGACACUUACUGGAAUGCACUUACAAAAAUGGGUAGCUACUUGAAGAAAGCUCAGACUAAACUAGACCAAAACUUGCAGGAAAAGAAAAAGAUUCCUUCUGGAGUGGACUUGGGAUUGGGGGCCUUGAUUUCCCAGCUUAGUGAGGUUAUUAUAGCCCGUGCGGAUAUUGAUUUGCAACGGAGCCAGAUCAUGGGCCACGAAUCUGCCCAAAAGAACCAGCAGAUAUUGUUACAGAAUACUAAGACACUCUUGAAGAAUGCCAUGAACAUCUCAAAUACCCCUGGAGGCUUGAGAGAACGAGUGGCCGAAAAGUUACAGAGGGAAAAGAAGAAGGUGGAUGCUGUCAUCAGAAUGUGUGUGUUGGAAAAGAAGACUUCGGUGCAAGAGUUGGAUAGCAUAUUAGGCCGGGCCAAGUGGACCAACGAGUUGCCUUCAAUCCAGCGGUUAGGCUACUAUGAUGGAUUUGGGGUCCAGGGAAUCCAAAAUGUGAGCGACUUCUAG